CAAAACCAUGUCUCUCGCCAAUGCACCGACAACACCCCAGCUGGAGCGUUCGAGACGGUUGUCGCUGUUGUUUCUCGGCAUUCCUGCGUUCUUUACGCUCUACGUGUUCGUGACCAUCGUCUACAAUCUGUUUUUCCAUCCCUUACGUCGAUACCCUGGCCCUUUUCUUGCUAGCAUCUCCCGGCUAUGGAGUCGCAUUGGCAAUUUCCACGGAUGCAAGUCGGAGCGUAUUCACGCAGCUCAUGAGAAAUAUGGACCUAUCGUGCGGGUCGGUCCAAACGAACUCUCCUUUGCAAAUCCAGCGGCCGUCCGCGACAUAUACACUUCAAAGAGCUUUGUGAAAGAGGAGACUUUCUACCGAGCCAAGAGAAUCUUCCAUGAGAAUCAUCUUUUCAGCUUCCGGAAUGCCGAAGCCCACAACCAACGGCGGAAGCUGUUGGCCCGCGGAUUCUCCCAGGCCGCUAUCAAUCAAUUCGAGCCCAACCUGAUUUCCAAGAUUCAAACGCUUUUGGAUCAGUGGGAACGGCUGAGCCGCUCGAGUGAGGAGCCGAUCAACGUGUACCCAUGGGCGCAUUGGUUGGGAUUCGACACUGUGUACCAUCUGAUGUUCGAAGAAGAUCCGGGGUCGGUCAAAAAGGGCAAAGCCGACCCUAUCAUGCAGUACAUCCGCGCAUGGCGCCCGACAUUUAUCUAUAAAGAAUUCAUGCCACAGUUGGAACAAUGGGGACUAUACGUGCCCGGGCGCGUGGGCGGGUAUUUUCGAGAUGUGCAGACCUGGAAAAAGAUCGCAAUGGACGUCGUCGGCAAAGUUCGUGUCAAUGGGACCAAGACUCCCUUCCUUAGCAAUGUUCUCAGCAAUCAGGACGCUUACUUAGGACGGCCCCUAAACGACUCGGAACUGGCAGAGGAGUGUAUGGGCGGCAUGUUUGGAGGCAGUGGGACCACUGCCAACACCUUCGUCUAUAUCCUUUGGGGCUGUCUCCGCAACCCAGACGUUGUCCGCAAGCUGAAAAAGGAGUUGAAGUCGGCAUUCCCGGAUCGAUCUACGGUCCCUGAUAAUUUGACCUGCAGCAAUCUUCCCUACCUCCAGGCCGUGAUCAACGAAACACUCCGCCGGUACCCGACCAUCAUCGCAACGCUGCCGCGCACAGCCGCCGAGGACGUCGUAGUUGCCAGCCAUCCUCUACCAAAAGGGACCGUUGUUGGCACCCAAAACUACACCAUCCACCGCUGGGAAUCGGCAUUCCCAGAUCCAGAGAAAUUCAAUCCGGAUCGAUGGCUUUCGAGCAACAAUGACGAGGAGCGCAAGCUGGCGUUCACUCCGUUUUCCGUCGGACCCAGGAGGUGUAUUGGAAUGAAUCUGGCAGAGAUGGAACUUAAUUUACUGACGGCUUGCUUUUUCUUGCGCUUUGACGCCACGAUUGAUUCUUCCAUGACCGAUGAGGAUAUGCGGUUGUACGAUACAUUCAACGCCGGCCCUGCCGGGGCUAAACUGCUAGUACAUUUGAAGGUAGUGGAAGAUUAGGCAGGGUUUAGGAGAAACCAAAUCAUCUGACUCUUGGGACGAGCAUGAGGUGAAAUAGAUGUAGACCCAGUCUCAAAUAGACUAUC